UGAACGAGGAAGUAGAGAAAAUGGCGUCUACGCAGGAAGAGGAACAGAGUCUCAGAGAAUGCGAACUUUACGUUCAAAAGCACAAUAUUCAGAAGCUAUUGAAGGAUUGCAUAGUGCAGCUAUGCGUCAGCCGACCGGACAACCCAGUCUCGUUUCUUCGGGACUACUUCGCCCGCCUCGAAAAGGAAGCUGCCAUGAAAGCGAAACAGCAGCAGCUGGCACCAAUGGCAGCCACACCUCCGGGAGAGGAGAAAGAGGACGAACUGUCACCCUUGCCCGUUCCGCCGCAGAGGAACCGGCGUGGAGCAGUCAGUGCAGAGACCUACUCGGAGGAAGAUGCCACUUCCUAUGUCAAGAAGAUGGUCCCGAAAGAUUACAAGACAAUGGCAGCACUAUCCAAGGCCAUCGAAAAAAAUGUGCUCUUCUCACACUUAGACGACAAUGAAAGAAGCGACAUCUUUGACGCCAUGUUUCCUGUGCUUCACCGAGCGGCUGAAGUUAUCAUCCAACAGGGUGACGAAGGCGACAACUUCUAUGUGAUCGAUCAGGGUGAAGUAGAUGUUUACGUCAAUGGACAGCUCGUGACGACGAUUGGAGAUAAUGGCAGCUUUGGAGAGCUGGCGCUCAUCUAUGGGACUCCCCGCGCCGCAACAGUUAAGGCCAAGACAGAUGUCAAGCUGUGGGCAAUUGAUCGGGAUACUUACAGACGGAUUCUUAUGGGCAGCACCAUCCGCAAGAGGAAAAUGUAUGAAGAAUUUCUCAGCAAGGUCUCAAUCCUUGAGAGCCUGGAUAAGUGGGAGCGGUUGACCGUGGCGGAUGCGCUUGAACCGGUCACCUUCAACGACGGUGAUGUCAUAGUGGAACAGGGGAUGCCCGGAGACGACUUCUUCAUCAUCGAGGAGGGUGCAGCGUCCGUGUUGCAGCGACGCUCGGAAGGAGAACCACAAGAGGAGGUCGGAAGGCUGGGACCCUCGGAUUACUUUGGUGAGAUAGCACUGCUGCUGGACCGUCCGCGAGCGGCAACAGUGGUGUCGCGAGGUCCCCUCAAGUGUGUCAAGCUGGACCGGUCACGCUUUGAGCGUGUCCUGGGACCGUGUGCGGAGAUUCUCAAGCGCAACAUGACCCACUACAACAGCCUCAUCUCUCUCUCCGUCUAGAUGUUCUCCUCUUCCUGCGUUUCCCCGUCUGCUCUGGCCGGCCGAGUCGUCAUACGGCACGGUGGCGCCCUCGUGCCUUUCAUCACCAGAUUCUUCGAGAGAAGUUCUCCCACAGUUGGGAGACGAAGAGACGCUAAGGGUCGUGUGGAUCUCUCGACCGGCCAGAGCAGGACGACCAGUGUAUAUGGGUUAUGUCUCGUCUGUCAGUUUGUACAUACCUUUCAGGAGCCGCCCUCUGUUCCCAGAAAAAAUGAGUUCCUUUCUUUUCUUUUUUCUUUUUUUUUUUUGGCAAAGGUGUUUCUCGCUAUUUCUUUUCAUUUCCCCAGCAUGUUUUCUUGAAACCCCCCGAGCGAUGUAGUCGUCCCGUCACUGUGUAGCAUUUGUCUCGGCAAGUGGAGAUGUCCUGCCGACAGGAAAAGAAACUGAGCUCAAAACCAAACGCCUUUUGUCAAAAAAAUCUUGCCCUCUAGCUCUUUGUAGGUUCCUCUAGUCAUAAAAGGAAGAGAAUUGCAGCGUAAAAUGGGCCGGGCACAAGGACCAGGUGGUGUCUACUUUCGUUUCCCGCUCGUCGUCAUAAUUACUUCGAUACGUGCCUGCCCGUCUUUCCACAACUUACUGGUCAGCUUAAAGGCCAACUUGUCACGCUUUUGCUAGGCACUGCUCUGGAAGAUAUUUGCGUAUUAAGCGUUUUCCUUCGCCUUCGGUUUUAUGUAAUCAUAUUGCAAACUGCAAUCGCGGCCUGCGUUCCGUCGAUUGAAGCAAGGGCCGCACGGGGGUGCAGGAUACGAAAUUGUCGUUCGCUGACGGACACGAAGAGCACACUUCGUUCCCGCUCGUAGUAGCCAAGUUUGUGUACGCGCAGUUUUAGCUUCCAGCAUUAGUAAAUGCAUCAUUGUUAAUUGGCGAGCAGAUUGCUCUCUGCACAGGGUCGCAAUUAAUCUCUGCCAGUAGGAGAGAGAGAGAGGUUGUAGCACGGCGUUAACGAAGCACCAUUUCGGGUUUUAUGUUUGUGUGUGCCGUACGAAGCUGUAGCCGCCAUUGUUGGUGCCCCAUAGUUGCGAGUUUGUAACGUCUUUUGUACGUCGUGGUGCGAAGAAGGCGGAGAAGAAAACUUUGCGUAUUGUAGCACUUCGAGGUGAGAAAAGGAAAAGAAAGAAUCCCCCUCCUCGACUUGGUACCGUCAUCCCCCCAUUGGGCAGGUUUUAUGGGUUUACGGUGUCAUUCCCCUCCCCCUUAGCCAAAGUGGAGAAAUGCUAGGGGUAUUUGUAUGCCUUUAUGUUCUGUUGUUGUCAAUAGACUGCAAAAAUCGCAUUAAUAAAAGGGUUUAAAUGUA